AUGCCGUUUGAGCAACUACCUGACGAACUUUUAUUAAUUAUCUGUUCAUAUUUAAGUUCAUUUCAUAUUAUCAAAGCAUUUAAUGAUUUAAAUUAUCGUUUAAAUUGUACAAUAAAUCAAUAUCGACAAAAUAUUGAUUUACGUGGUUUAAAUUUACGACAAUUUUAUUUCUUUUGUAAAAUGAUCCGAUCAAGUUUUGGAAAUAAAGUCAAUUCAAUAAUUCUUUCAAAUGCUGCACCAUCUGUAAGACAAUUAACUUUAUUUCGAAAACAAAUUGAACCAUUUAUACAAUUAUUACCGAAUUUACAACGUUUAACACUUAUUGAUUAUUAUGAUGAUGAAUUAGAUCUUUUUUUACCUUUAAUAUCAAUAUUAAAAAAUCUUAAAGAAUUAAAAAUAACAUUUGUUAAAAAUAAAAAUGAAUCAACAUUAUGUAGUCUUAUAACACAAAUGUUAACAGAUAAUUUUAUUUAUUUUGAUCAUAUUCCAAAACGUCGAAAACGUGAUGUUUCAAUAUUAGAAAAAUUAAUAUUUACGGGAACGGGUUAUUUAAAAUUAACACCAAUAUAUAAUGAAACAAUUACACAUUUAACAUUAGAAAUUGAAAAUACCGAUGAUCUUUUUGAAAUUUUUACUGGUUUUGAUCGUUUACAAUAUUUAAAUGUUAAUAUGAAAGAAUUAACAGUAUUGACCUCAAAUCUUUAUGACAUUUUAUAUAAAGAACGCAAGAUUCAAUGUUUAUCAUUACUCGAUUUUCGUUUUCAAGCUAAAUGGCAACCAGAAGUAUUAUCAUUCAAUCAAUUUCUAUCGAUAUUAAACAGUCUACCCAAUUUACAACAUUUAUCAUGUACAUUAAAAUCUGAAGUAACUCAAGAUAAACUUGCUAAUUCAGAUUAUAUUAAAAAAGAAAGAUGGCGUAAUUUAUUUGCUGAAUUUCAUUAUCUUAUUGACUUAACUUGUUUAAUUAAAUGUUCUUUAAAAUCAUCAAAUUAUUCGGAAAUUGAUUUUGUACGAAUUGCUGCAAAUGCUUCUCAUGCUUCCAAUUUACCAGUUGAUAUUCAACUAUGUUACAACAAUGAUAUAACAAGCAAUAUCAAAAGUGAUUUAACUCUGGAACUUGAUAUUCAAGAUUUACAUAGAAUGACUGGUUCACAAUUAGCAAGCAAACUUUUACGUAGUCAUGAAUUAACAUUAUAUAGUGAUUUUUUCGUUGAUGAUGAUAAAGUUUUAUCAACAUUUCCAAAAUCAUUAACAUUACCAGAUCAUCUUAUAUUUUCACAAAUACGAAGCCUCGAUCUUUUAGGUGAAUUUCCAAGUAUGAAUAAUAUAUUUUUAGUUACAUUUGUUGAACAACUUAUUUGUCGAUCACCUAAUCUUCAAUCAAUUGGAUUUUUUCUUUAUUGGGUUGAAAAUAUGACUGAUUUAGUUUUAAAUUUUCUUCGUCCACUUAAAAAUUAUUUAAAACAAAUUAAAAAAUGUUAUUUAUAUACAGAAGGUGAUAUUGAUGAAAAAUUUGUUUCAGAACUUGCACAUUUAAUUCCAUCAUUAACGUUAUUAUCAGUUAAAAUUGAUUGGUAUUGUAAUACGGCUGAAGUUGUUAAUUUAUGUCUUAUGCAUAUGAAACAUUUAAUUCAUCUUGAAAUGGUAUUAGAAGAUAUUCCGGAUUAUUUAGAUGAAGAUUAUAUUGAUCGAAUUAAAAUGGAAAAAGAAAUUGAAGGUGUUGCAAUGGCACGUGAUACACGGGAAUGGUUAAAACGAAAUACAAUCUUAGGUAAAAGAUCGUCAAAUAGGAUAUUUCGCGCUGAAAAAAAUGGAAAUGAUUUAAAAAUUUGGCUUUGA